AAUGCGGGCCAAUUCCCUCCGCGGUGGGGUUGAAGGACCAAGAUGCCGCCUUUCUCAUCCCAGCCACAACUCCAACUGUGACUAAUUGAUACGUAUAUAUCGUGUCUAUUCCGUCCAGGGGUUCGGCUUUGCUUUGGAGCGCCGUCUCCAUUUUUUACAUCAACGUCACCGGCAUUGUCACCGAUGCCAAAUAUCACCACCUCUUCACAUACGUUCCCACUGGUUUUGAACUCCCUCCGAUCGGCAUCGCCACCACCACCACCACCACCACCACCUCUUUCUCAAGGUUCUUGAAGGAGGGGAAAUAAAAGCUUAACGAGUCAGGAUGAAGCUCUAUCCGUCUUUAUCCCCAGAAUUGGCGGCUUGGGCCGCCCGGCAACCGGUCUUUUUCACGGGCUCAGCCGGCACACAUACGCCUCGCAUCAAUGUUUCACCCAAGGGUUACACCUCCUCGCACUUUGCCAUAUUCGACUCCAACACCAUCGCCUACGUCGAUCGGAGUGGCUCGGGAUGCGAGACGAUCGCGAACGGCUACGACAACGGCCGCCUGACGCUCUUGUUCAUCUCAUUCGGUCGCUCCCCGCGCAUCCUGCGCCUCUUCUGCCGCAUGAAGAUCAUCGAGCGCGGCGACCGGGAGUUCGAUUCCUGGUUUAACCGCGUCGUGGCGGACCGUCGCGCCCGUGACACCUUGGAGGAUGUGCGCGCCGUCAUCGUGGGUCACGUCUGGCAGGUACAGACAAGCUGUGGGUACACGGUCCCCAGAGUCAAGCGGCAGUUGCUGUCAUCGGGAGGAGCAGCGGCCGGGGAGGAGGAGGAGGGGCAAAAAAAGGAAGACGAUGACCCGGAAGGUCUCUCGGUCUUUGAGGAGCGGCCCACCCUGGACGACUAUUGGAAGAAGAGACCUGGGGAGCGCGCCAUUACCGAGUACCAGAUUCUGAAAAACCUGGCAAGUCUCGAUGGUCUGCCGGGGCUAAGGAAGGCCAGAAGGGCUGCAGGACAGUCGAUUUGGCUCACGGAUUUGAAGGCCCGGGUGCGCCGAGCACUCGCCGAAAAGGAUGGGAUGAUCUUGGGUGCAUUGUUAGUUGUGUUCUUCUAUGCCUCUGUAGUGUUUGGUCCAGCUUAUCUUGGUCUUUUGUCGGCUGCACGGGAUUAGACUGGUUUGUUAUUGCUGGUUUUGUUUUUCUUUUUUUCUUUUUCUUUACCACUGCUUUGUGUCCCUAUGCUAUGAUGGUAGAGGGAGUUAUCUAGAGCUUCACGGAGGAUCAUAUCCUUUUCUGUUUUUUCCCUUGUUUUUUUCAUCGAGGAGAAAGUCAAGCUGCCUUUCUCACGAUGGGCAGCCUGGCAAAGACUCCCUUACGGUUGACAAUUAAAAAUGUACCCUUGUGAGACUUCUCUUCGUGCCCCCAUC